AUGGUCGUCAAUCGCGGACAGCGUGGGGACGACAUCCUUGAAGCUGCGAUUGUUCAGUUGGGGAACGUCGUCAACGAUGGUGAAAUCGAGUGGGACAUCCGGGUACAAGCCAAGUGCUGCCUCAUCAAGGCAUAUCUGUCUCGUUUCGCUUGUCAUGGAUGGGUCGAGGAUCUGGAUUUAUGUUGGGAUAUUUUGAGAGACACCGACAAGGCAGAGCUUUCUUUCUUGCACCAGCACUGGAUCAACGGAGGAUGCGAAAUCCUCUCUGAGGAAAUUCAAAGUGCCUCAGCUUUGAUCGUGGAAUAUCGACAGUCCGUCAAUGUUAUGGACUAUACGUGA